CGCGCACCCUCCCGAGUCCUGAGUCCUGUUUUGAUGAGGCCCUCUCCUCUGCUGAGGCUCGGCCUUGCACUGGCAAAGUGCGGCCAUGCGCCUGCCUCGCCCGCCUUCCAAGUUGCAACAAUCAUGACAGGGCGGACUGCACGAGGUCGAGACCUGGCCUCUGAGACUGGGAAAGACUGCAAUCGAAGGAAGGCGGAAAGAGGGUCCUGGGAGGAGACCUCAGUGCGAGCAAUGGGGGUGGAAUGAAGCGGCAUGCCCGUGAAGGCUUCCGACUAGCACGGCCAGGCGUAUGGACGUCCUGCUCGCUCAACGUGUAUAAGAUUGCUGCAGCUUUGAACCAAGUGAUCCUCGGGUCAAUUUGACGGCGAAGCGGACAUCUGUAUCAGAAGGGUAUAUCUCCUCAUGUGGCUCAUUAGCAAGGGCAGACUGAACGGACCUUCAUUGAGCCAACCUGGCGGUUGAUCUUCCUUGCAGAGUGCUCAAUCUCCCCUUGGCCUUCUCUUCCGUACUCAAGUCACCAUGCAGUCAGGCCACCUCUGCUGUCGUCCCUGACCAUGUUCACCGCUUUCACCACCCGCCGGCUGUCGCUUGCCUCGCAUGAGGAGGCGCGGCCUACGCCCGCUCGGCCGUGCCUGCCUGCCACCUCAGCAGCGCACAGCGCAAGGAAACCCCCUCUAGGCAAGGCGAGCAGGGGGGAGCGCUGCGAGCAUGGGGCUGCGCAGGGGCCGGGCACGCUCAUGGAGCAGAUGGCCGACCUGCGCCUGCUGACGCCUGGCAAGGGUGCUGCCUGUGCCGAUGAGUGGAACCGCAACAGCCUGCGUUUUGGGCAGGAAAUGCUGGGGACAUUGGAGCAGCAGGGGCAGGGCGCGCUCAGGAAGAGGCGGCGCUCCUUGGGGGGACGCCUGCAGAACAGCAUGACAGGUUUUGAUGAGCCGGAAGACAUGUUUGGUGACUUGGGGUGUGGUCAGCCAGUAGAAGCUGGCUGGGGAAAGCAGGAUGCCGGGCUGCCCCCCCUCCACGGCUUCUUCGGCCAGGACAGCGUGAGGAGAAGCGCCAAUCAGAACCCCUUUGCAACACCUAGGAAAGUGAAGAAACCCACAGCCCGGAGGCAAUCCAAACCCCCUGGAAGCCAGCCUCAGACAGUGUCCAGCGGACCUGCGCAGUUGACUCUUGGGGGGGGGCUUGCAGGAGAUGUAGGUGCUGUGGACAUAGGGGGCCUGGGAAAAGUGCUGGGGCCGGAGGAGAGGGUGGCCUGGCACACCUUUGCACCGCUGCAGCGCGUACUCAUUGUGGCUGUGGCGGCGGCAGCAGCGGCCAACUUGCAGCGCGCAGAUGGCCGCGAGAAGGGCCGCCUCAAGCGGGCCGUGCAGGCCAGGGACCAUGCGCUGGCGCUGCUGCGCCGCCAGAUGGGGGAGGCCCUGGCGCGCAAGAUGGCACCACUCACUGAGCAGGCCGGGACGCAGACGUCCCCUCCGGCUGGCCCUGCUGCCCCCCCCACCCCAGCUGCACCAGUGCCGCAGGCGGCGUCUCCCAAGCCCCCUCCCCCCGCAAGCCCCCCCCAGCUGAGCCUGGGCAGCAUUUCGUGCGCCACCUUCUCCCCCAGCCCGCCCCUCCCCUUCCGCUGCGCAUCCCCGGCACCCCUCCUCCAGCCCGCCGUCGCCCCCCCAGCCGAAACUGCCCCGCCUGCCUGCACCGUGUCCGCAGCAGACGCGCGGUGCAUGCGCGACUUGGCCCGGACACUGGCGGGGCCCACCAAUUUGUCUGCAUCCUUUGAGUCAGUGGUAGCGCAUGCGGUCCUCUCGGGCGGCAAGGCGCUCAGAGAGUCAGUGGAGUCCGUCACGGGGGCGAGGCAGCGAGGGGCGGGGCGGCUGUUCCAGGAGGGAGCGGCAGCAAGCCCGGGCAGAGACGCGAGGGCCAGCGCUGCUUUCCCGGCAGGGGGCCUCUCUGCGGUGGACCCCAACCUGGUGCACCUGCGCGCCUCGUUUGACUCCGACUGCGGCAAUCAAGCAGACAUGGCGGCCAGGUGCGCCGCCGCCAUCGCACGAGCCAAGGAUGCGGCGUUGGCGGUCUUGACCCGGGAGGCGGCCGCGGUGCUGGCCGCUCUCGUGGUGGUCGUCAGGAAGGCGGAGGAGCUCGAGAGGGCGGAGCCAGCAAGGCCGGCCGAGGGGGCGGCGACUGACCUGGCGGAUGCGGCAACCCAGCCGUCAGCAGCGGGCGCUGCUCUGCAGACGGCAGUGGAGGGCGCCACCACGCGCCUCGUGUCACUCCAGCAGGCAGUCUCUGCCACGUGGCACUCCCUGGGCCCGGCUGCGUUGGCGGCGCUCAAGGCGUCGGCUGCAGGAGGUGGAGCGGCCGCCAAGACGUGGGGCAGGCAGCUGCCAGGGGAGCAAGAGAACGCCAGCCCCUCGCACAGCCGGCACCCUCCCCGCGGCGCCGCUCUCCGCGCUUCCCUGGGCUCCUGCAGCCCCGGCCUGCGCGUCCCGCCCCUCUCGCGCUCCGCGGACGGCCUCCCCUCCCCGGCCGGCAGCGCCUGGAGCCGGUGGACCGGGGGGACCACCCCGCACGGCCGGCACGCGGGAGACGCGGAGGCGGCGCUGCCGGGCGGGGUGGCGGCCGCGGUGCGGCGCGCGGUGGAGCACAUGGCCAGGCAGGACGCGAGCGGCCACGGCGGGGCAGCGGCGCAGCUGAUGGCGGAGCUGGAGCACGCCGCAGCCAAGGCGACGGGCAUGGAGGCGCAGCUUGCAGCGUUGCAGGCGCAGCUGGCGGCCGUCCGAGACGAGGACGCGAGCGCGCAGGUGCGGCUGGCGGCGGAGGCGCGCGGGCUGGCGGGCGAGGUGGCGGUGCGCGACUGCGCCAUCGGGCAGCUGCGGCGGAGCCACGCCGUCGUGGUGGCCGCAAAAGACGCGGAGCUGACGCGGCACCGCCAGCAGGUGGCGGCGCUGCGCGAGGAGCUGCAGCAAGCGGAGGCCCUGCUGGAGCUGGCGUGGACCGGGGAGCCAGGGGUGCUGGGGACGGCGACGCCGGGAGCGGGCUGCAACAAGGCCGCCGAACUCGACCGGCUGUGGCAGCAGGAGCUGUCCCUGCCCCCGUGCGGGCCGGCCCUUCCGCACGCGCCCCCUCCUGCGCAGCCCCUCAAAUGUACGCCCCGGGAUGCGUGCGACGCCGCACCGUUGAGCGAACCUGCCAGCGCCUGCCAGGCCUCGCUGGGGGGGACCGAGGCCGACUCCUCGUCAGGCGGACCCCGCGUCAGGGACGAAAGCGCGGCUGCCGUGCAGCACUCGGGGCCCUCACUCGAGCUGACGGCUAGAGAUGCCUGGCGGGAGGAAGGCUCGGCCCUUGGCAGGGACGGGAAAGCCCGGCACUGCGAUGUGCGCGCCCCGGCGCAUGAUUCCUUGUCCAGGAAGACUGGUCGGAAUGGAGGGGACGCGCCCAGCAGGAAGGACGACGACGGGGCCCCGAAAAGAAGGCGGUGGAUAUAGGCGAGGCGCAAGGAGGCUGGUGCGAGAGAGUGGCGGGGUCCUUCUCCGUUGGACGAGAUUGUACACACAUGGCGGGUAAUGACCGCCGGCGAGGACCAUAAGGAACGUGGGCACGUUCCAGUAGUCACAAAUGCCCCUUUUGAGUUUCUUUGAAAGUUAUAAAUGAUCCUUCCUCCCUCAGUGAUAUUGCGCUUUGGUGCCCUGAAUCAACUUGAGACGAUGGCCAUGGAUUUCACUUGAAUAAUGGGAAGCUUGUUGUCAUGUCGAG